AUGAGCUGGCAAGGGAGAAGAGGUAUUGGUGACCACAACACAAACCAGCCACUGUCGCAUUCAAUAAACACUGACGAUGAUCUGCAAUUUUUUGGAUAUCAACAUGCGCUUGGCGAAGAUGGUGACAACAUCCAUCCAUUUCAUCGCAGCGAAUCGUUUCCAGGCGAUGCCAGAGACACGGUAUUGCCUGACAUUUUGACCGAAAAGUCACCAUUACUGUCCCCCAAGGUAAAUGGCUCUUUUUUGGGUGGCUCUAGAACUGGAAGUGUGUUGAGCAAUAUUUCUCACGUCUUCUCAGGCUCCAUAAGAAAGCUGCAGAAAAGUAUAGGAUUUGCCCAAGGUUUUUUCUUAAUUGUUGGAAUUCUUAUAGGCUCUGGAAUCUUUUUGUCGCCAUCUCUUGUAGCUAGAACGACAGAGAAUAUGGGGAUGGCAUUAGUUAUUUGGAUCUCCUGUGGAAUAAUUGCACUUCUGGGUGCUCUGUGCUUUUGUGAGCUUGGAUGUGCGUUGCAGAAAGCAGGAGGUAAUUAUGCCUACAUUCUGGAAGCAUACGGGGGUCUACCUGCAUUUUUAUGUAGCUGGACAACUGUUCUUAUAAUAGAUCCAGCAGCCAUUGCAGCAGUCACUUUAACAUUUGGGACAUAUGCUGUGAAGCCGUUUACUGAAAAUGAAACAGAGGCUGUUUGGAUAUCGAAAGCCCUUGCUGCCCUGUGUGUAAUUAUUGUAGCUGCAGUGAACUGUCUUAGCAUUACCGGUGCUGCGAAGGCUCAAGCGAUUUUUACUAUGGCGCAAAUAAUGGCAGUUUGCUUUGUGAUUAUUCUUGGCGUAUGGCAAAUAGCAACAGGGAAGACUGAGAACAUCGUUACAAUGUUUGAUGGAAAGAAUUCGAACACAUCAUCUCGUUUUGGAAUGGCGGAGAUGGCUCAGUUAUCUAUAGCCUUGUACAACGGCUUGUGGUCGUACGAUGGUUGGGCCCUGGUCAGCAAUGUAACUGAAGAAAUGCACAAUCUUGAGCGGAAUUUGUUCCUCUCGAUAAUUACUGGGAUCCCCUUUGUUAUAUUCUGUUAUGUAGCAGUCAACUUGUCUUUCAUGUCUGUUCUGUCAAGAGAAGAGAUAGCCAAUUCACCAACCACGGUAAUCCAUUUCGUCGAAAAGAUUCUUGGUAGAAAAGUGGCAUAUGUGAUGCCUUUACUUGUUGCUUUAUCUUGCUAUGGAGCUGCAAAUGGAACAGUAUUUUCCUGCGGCAGGUUGACGCUGGCCGCUGCACGUGAGGGCCACAUGCCUGCAGCCCUUGGUAUGAUACACAAGAGACGCCUUACACCGAUCCCCGCAAUCCUAUUGGCGAGCCUCAUUUCCGUAUUGAUGCUUCUACCAGAUGGUAGCAACUUAGAGUCGCUCAUUGGCUAUUUCAACUUCGCCUGCUGGACUAUUUAUGGAGUAUCAAUUUUUGCUGUAGUUGUGCUGCGAAUACGGAAACCAAAUCUACACAGGCCGUUCAAAAUCUGGAUAAUUGUGCCCAUUUUGAUGAGCUUAGUUUCGCUGUUUUUGGUUGUUCUUCCAUUUUUCAACAAGCCUCUGGAAUCAGGCAUAACAAUGGUGGUUAUCUUAUCAGGAGUUCCAGCGUAUCUGCUGUUAGUGUACUAUGCCGACCGACACUGCGCCUGCUUCAAUGAAUUCAAGAAGUCGAUGAACAACACAAUUCAAAGAGCAUUUAACCUUGCGCCUUGCAAAUCAUAAACCAAUAUAUUAUGUGG